UUUCUCAAGUACUUCCUUACGACACCGCUACGAUUUCCGGUUUUGCACAUGGCCUGUCCAAUAUUGCAACAGAAAAGUAGAUAAAAGACACAAAAAAGAAACUAAAAUAUUCGGCACGCUGACAAGCGUAUGCUUAAAAAUUCCAGGUGAAAAUGGUGAGCGUGGAAAGGAAGAGCACAGCUAAGCUGACUGAAAUCCGAGAGAUAGAGAAACAGAUGCAAGAGAGAUGGGCUAGGGAGAAAGCAUUUGAGAUAGAUGCCCCAGAACCAGGGUCAUCGGAGAGCAAGAAGGACACCUACUUCGUCACCUUUCCCUAUCCUUACAUGAAUGGACGUCUUCACCUGGGUCACACCUUCACCAUCUCUAAAUGUGAGUUUGCAGUGGGAUACCAAAAGUUGAAGGGGAAAAGAUGUUUGUUUCCUUUUGCUUUUCACUGUACAGGGAUGCCCAUCAAGGCAUGUGCAGAUAAGCUGAAAAGAGAAAUGGAAGACUUUGGCUACCCUCCAAGAUUUCCUGAGGUAGAUGAAGAUGAAGAAAACAAGGACAAGAAGCAGGAGAAGGAGCUCAAGAUUGAGGAUAAAUCUAAAGGGAAGAAGAGUAAGCUUGCAGCUAAGACUGGGUCCAGCAAGUACCAGUGGCAGAUCAUGAUGUCCCUGGGGCUAGUGGAUGAAGAGAUCAAGAAGUUUGCUGACCCCAUGCACUGGCUCUACUUCUUCCCACCUCUGGCUAUGAAAGACCUCUGCUCUAUGGGUCUGAAGGUGGACUGGAGAAGAAGUUUCAUCACCACGGAUGUCAAUCCAUUUUAUGAUUCCUUUGUGAGUUGGUCUUUCCUCAGACUGAAGGCCAGGGACAAGGUGAAAUUUGGAAAGAGGUACACAAUAUUCUCUCCUAAAGAUGGCCAGCCCUGUAUGGACCAUGACAGGAGUACUGGAGAGGGUGUUGGUCCCCAGGAGUACACUAUUAUCAAGAUGAAGCUGAUGGCGCCAUACCCAGCCAAGCUAAAGCCCCUAGAAGGCAAGUCUGUGUACCUGGUUGCUGCCACACUAAGACCAGAGACCAUGUUUGGUCAGACCAAUUGCUGGAUCCACCCAGACCUAACUUAUGUUGCCACGGAGAUGGCUAAUGGGGAGAUCUUUGUGUGCACCAGGAGAGCAGCCAGGAACAUGAGUUACCAAGGUUUCACUAAGAAUGAUGGGAAGGUGGAUGUUGUGAUGGAACUGAAAGGCAUGGAUUUUAUGGGAGCUGCCCUCCAUGCCCCCCUGACAUCUUUCAAAGUGAUCUACACUCUGCCCAUGUUGACCAUAAAGGAGGAUAAAGGCACAGGAGUGGUAACUAGUGUACCUAGUGAUGCCCCAGAUGACUAUGCCGCUCUGAGAGAUCUUAAGAAAAAGCAGCCAUUCAGAGAAAAAUAUGGGAUUAAGGAUGAGAUGGUCCUGCCUUUUGAACCUGUGCCUAUCAUAGACAUCCCUGGGUUUGGCAACCUGUCUGCAGUGACAGUGUGUGAUGAACUGAAGAUUCAGAGUCAGAAUGACAAGGACAAGCUGACAGAAGCCAAGGAGAAAGUGUAUCUCAAAGGAUUUUAUGAAGGGGUCAUGCUGGUGGAAGGAUUUAAGGGACAGAAAGUGCAGGAUGUAAAGAAAUCAAUUCAGAAGAUCAUGGUGGAGAAAAAUGAGGCAGCAAUCUACAUGGAGCCAGAGAAGCAGGUGAUCUCAAGGUCUGGGGAUGAAUGUGUGGUGGCUCUCUGUGAUCAGUGGUACUUGGACUAUGGGGAAGAAGGCUGGAAAAAGCAGGCUGCAGAGUGCCUGAGUUACAUGAAUACUUACUCUGAUGAGGUCCGCCAUGGCCUGAGUGCCACCCUCAGCUGGCUGCAUGAACAUGCAUGUUCCAGGUCCUAUGGCCUUGGCACCAAGCUUCCCUGGGACCCACAGUAUCUGAUAGAGUCUCUGUCUGACUCCACUAUUUACAAUGCUUACUACACUGUGGCCCAUCUCCUGCAGGGAGGAAUCAUUGACGGCAGUGGGAACGGCCCUCUGAACAUUAGGCCAGAGCAGAUGACCCCAGAAGUCUGGGACUACAUAUUUUUCAAGACGGCACCAAUGCCGAAGAACUGCCAGAUUCCGAAGGCUGCCCUGGACAAGCUGAGGGGAGAGUUUGAGUAUUGGUACCCUGUGAACGUCAGGGUGUCUGGCAAAGAUCUGAUCCCAAACCAUAUUACAUAUUACAUCUACAACCACUGUGCUAUCUGGCCUGAUGACAAGUCAAAAUGGCCAGCUGGGUUCAGGGCAAAUGGGCACCUGCUGCUGAACUCUGAAAAGAUGUCAAAACAAACUGGCAACUUUUUGACAUUGUAUGAUGCCAUUGCAAAAUUCUCAGCAGAUGGUAUGCGCUUGGCUCUGGCAGAUGCUGGCGACACCCUUGAAGAUGCAAACUUUGUUGAAGCAAUGGCGGAUGCAGGUCUGCUACGCCUAUACACGUUCUUGGAGUGGGUGAAGGAGAUGUUGUCCACUGCUGACAAGAUGAGAACUGGACCUAUGGAUAGUUUUAAUGACAAGGCUUUUAUCAAUGAGAUGAACAGUGCCAUUUUGCUGACAGAGCAGAACUAUGAGAAUAUGUUGUUUAAGGAAGUGGUCAAGUCUGGAUUCUUUGAAUACCAGAGUAUAAGAGACCGAUACAGAGAGUGCACCAUGGGAGAUAUGCACAGGGACCUGGUACUGAGGUUCAUAGAGACACAGGCAUUACUGCUCUGCCCCAUAUGUCCCCAUCUCUGUGAAUACAUCUGGGGGCUCCUUGGAAAGGAAGGCAGCAUCAUGCAGGCACAAUGGCCAGCAGUUGAGGCUGUGGAUGAAAUGCUGUUGAAACAGGCACAAUAUCUGUACGACUCUACUAGAGAGUUCAGACUGAGGCUGAAGGCUUACAUGACACUAGGAAAGGGAAAGAAAGCAUCCCCUCCACCCAGUAAACCCACCCAUGGAACCAUCUGGAUUGCCAAGACAUACCCUCCUUGGCAGAAUACAGUGCUCACUACUCUGAAUCAGCUUUAUAAGGCCCAUGGCAAUCAGUUCCCAGAGAACAAGGAGAUAGCUGCAGCAUUCGGCAACAAACCUGAGCUGAAGAAGUACAUGAAGAAAGUGAUGCCUUUUGUACAGCUGGUCAAGGAGGGCGUGGCACAGAAGGGAGUGGAAGCCAUGAAUUUGACCCUGGAUUUUGAUGAGAAGGCCGUGCUGGAGGCAAACCUGACCUAUCUAGUGUCCACUCUGGAGCUGGAAGGCCUGGAAGUGAAGUUUUCUACAGAGGCAAGUGAGAACAAGAUAAAGGAAGAGAACUGUCCAGGAAAACCGUUCCUGGUUUACUAUUCUCAGCCCUCAGUGGCCAUGAAUUUGGUAAACCCCCAGCCAUGUAGCGGUCACUUUCAGAUGACCAUCCCCAUUCUGGACAAUGAUACAACCAGCAAGAUAGCACUUAGGGUAACCAAGAUGGACAGACUGAUUAAAGAUGCCAAAAAAGUGAAAAUAAUGAGGUACGAAGAUCCAAACUUAGGACCACGACAAAUACCUGUAAUGGACCAGCCAAUGAAAAAUAAAAUUGUAGUGCCUGACAAUGCCGUCUACAGGAUAAAUCUGGAAACACAGACUGUUAGUGUACAGGAGAAUGGGAAGACAGUGGAUGUCGGCUCACAGAUGGCUUAUAUGGUGGAUGAAUGAAAAUUUACUGCAAAUUAACUUCUUAAAUUAUUUUUGUGGAAAAAUGCGGCUCUCAAUUUUCGACAGGAAUUGUAAUGAAUUGACAUUGUGAAUAUAUUUAUUAAAGUUUACGACUGGAUUGACUUAAUUAUGGUAUGAUUUUGAGUGUGCUAACUGCCUUACUCAUGCAAUUGCAUUUUUUCAGAAGUCAGUUCUCCAAUAGAAAAAAACUCAAACGAUUUACUGAAAGUUUAUACACUGUUCGACCUUUGAAAGCAUUAAAUUAGAAAAUAAGUUAUCUUUGUUUUAUUGAUAAAGCUGUUUAAACUGAACUGCAAUUUUUUGAGGUUACAGUAUCAAAAUUAUAUGAAAAGUGCUUGGUUUGAAUAAUAAAUUGU